GACACACAUUCCACAAAACCCAAAUAUUGUGGCUUAAUGAAACAUCAUGAAACGUCAUUUUAUAUUUAUUAGUAGUGUCGAGCAAAUGUUUGGCUAACUGUGAGAUGUUCCUAGCGGGCUGUAAGAGUGUUUAAGGCGGUGUGAGUGAAUUCAUGAACUCUGAAGCUGAAGAUUGUGACACCAGUUAAGUUUAUCUGCUGUCCAUUCAAAUCUCUGACGAUCACCAAUGGCUGAAAGUGCUGUUUUGGCCGAUUCCAGACGAUGCUGUUUCUUUCUGUAUGACAGUUCAAAAGUGCAGGAGGAAGGUGACCUGACUAGAGAUGGCAUUUAUUACUUCUAUCCUGAAGAUACACCGAUAGACCAGCAAGAACUGCUUUGUGGACAGUUGGCCGGUGUGUGUCGCUGUGUGUCUGAACUGUCCUCAUCUCCUGUUCGUCUGCUCCGUCUGCGCAAAAGCAAAUAUGCCGUGCGAAUGAAAGAUAACUUUCUUUGGGCAUUGAGCUGUUCAGUGGAAAUUCCGGAUGUGAGUAUAUGUGAUGUCCUCGACCAGCUGAUUGCCCUCUUCUGUUUCUACAAUGGGCCAGUGCGGCAGAGCUACCAGUUGUACAGUCAGGAGGAGUUGGCUCUGCGAUGGGCCAGAUAUCUCCAUCACCUGCAGGGCGGCUCUACUGAGCUCCAUAGUAUCUUCAGCUGCCUGAGGACCAUCGACUCUACUAAUAUUGAUCCUCUGUUAUUGCUGAAGGCGGCGCUCAUACUUCAGGCUUGUCAGCGAUGUCCUCUCGUUCUGGCAGGUUGUAUUCUCUACCGAGGCAGGGUUGUGAGUACUCAGAUGCCUCCUGCGCUCACAGUGAAGGUGAUGGUGUAUGAGACGCAAACAUACAGCCAGGAUAACCGUGUGUCAGUCAAUGGUCUGAGCUCAUCUGUGGGAUCGGCGGCAUCCGUCACAGUGACCACACAGGUGUAUCUGACGCCCUCUGAGCUGAACAUGAUCCGUUCUCCACCAGUUGAAAGAGCAUGCAGGUCUCACUGCAAUCCACCUCCCUGCCAACCUCGCAAGUCUCGCCUGUCCCGGACUUUAUCUGACACCCCAACCUCAGAUACGGACUCCUCAAGCUUAGACGCUCUUCAGUGUCCUCCAGUGUCCUAUCAAACAAUGCCGUCGUCUCCUCGCUCUUCACUCUCUGAUGAACCAUACUUCAGUCCAUCUCCUUCACGGGGGAACACUCCCCUUCACUCCAACCUCCUCAACCAAUCAGAGUACUUCAAUUCUGAGUCACAUGACCACCAAACUGCAUUAAAAGAGCAAAGUCUGACAGAAAGUCUUAACAGAAAACAGGACACCGACACAAACUCUGAGUCCGAAUCCAAAAGCGAAGGUUUGAAUUCAGACCAGGACGUCCAGAGUGAAGAAAUCAAAGCCCUCACUAAUGGCUUUCAAGAGUUGAACUCUCAUGAAAACCAUGCUUCAGACAAUGAUGAGCAGUUUCAAAGUACCGCAGAUAAACUGGAAUCUGACAGUCAUGUGACCAGUAAAAAUGGCAAACUGCGAGGGGAAAUGGAGGCAAGAACAUUGAGCAAGCAGGCUGACAGAAGACAUCAGGAUAAAUACAAGCCCACAAGUACGCUCUCACCAAAUGAAACCAAGGAAGACCCCUCGCUAGUCCCCUCGAUAUUAUACCAGCAUAGGGUCCGAGGCCUGGUUCUGGCUCUCCUGGUAGAGCCUGAAUUCAACACGGACCCAGCAGCCAGAGAAGAAGUGCAACACAGCAGCUUGGCAUCUCUGAAUGGUCUUGAGGCUCACUUGAGGAACACCUCACAAGGAACUCCUGGCCCACCGGGGCCCUACACAUUUGCCCACUAUGACUGCAUUCAAAAUACUCUCACCACUAAUGUGUGUGGACGCUCUGUCGGACCCCAGGAUCGUGCCUUUCUGAGGGCCACAGCACUGCUCCAUUCACAUUUUUCACACUUAGACACACUACAGGAGGCCAUUGUCAGGAAUUCUGGUUCAGCAGUGUAUGCGACCCGCAGCACAGCCCAGGAAACAUACUUUCUCCAGCAGGGAACGCCUGUCAGAAACUCUGGAAGUCCAGAUCCGCAGGACAGCGCAUUCUCAUUACCCAGAAAAGCCCGUCAGCGGCUCCUUAAACAUGGAGUUAACCUGCUUUAAAUCUAUUUUUUAAAAAGAUUCUAACAGUUCUUGUAUCUGUUUUACCAUAUUUAUAUUAUAAAUGUGCCUUAAAUAACUCAAAAUGUACAUUACUGCUUCUUGUUUAUAUCAUAGGCUGCUAUUUUAUAUAAUAUACUGUUAUCAUAGUAGUACUCCACAUUUAAGAAUAAAAUAUGGAGGAAGUGU